CGACUGUUGACGGGGAUCCACUCUAGCAGUGCUUGUUCCUCCCUCAUGCUUAGUGCUAUGCCUACACCUGCCAGUCCACGAGAACUGGCCAUCGGGUCACCAGAUACACGGAGGGUGUAUCUCGUUGGCUGUACGUUUUGCCGAGGUGAGGUCGAGUGAAUGACCACACUGGAAUCCUGUAUGCGUGUUUCGGAGACACAGCAUACAUCAAUGGAAAGAGACUCUAGGGUUUUAGCCAAGGAAGCCUGCUGACCGAUUUGACAUAGAGUGCGUACGUUGAAGGCUCCAAUGUGUAGUUUGGAGCGAGGUUUCAGUAGACCUGGGACAGGGUUUUGAGCACUAGAAUCGUUGGCUAUGGUGACACUUGAGGAGGAAGCCGAAAGAGGAAGUUUAGAGUGGAAAGUCGAUGUAGGAGGAAUAAUAGGAAUUGAAGAGGAAGGUUGAUUAUGAAUACAGUGGUCUCGAGUGCUGUUAGAGGUAUGAGGGCGGUUAUCACUUCCCGGUUGCCCACACCGAGGAAGGGUUCUUCUGGAGGUACCUGAAAAGGAAAUUGAUUAGAGGUGGUCUCAGUGACCUGAGAGCGUGACCGCAGUCCCCAAGGGACAACUGCUUGAGGCCGGUCGCGCACGGCCUUUUCGUGGGAGGUUUUUGACGUGUUAGCUCCGUUCUUCAAAGGGCCUUACCGCCGGAGACGGAAAUCCGUGAGGUAAGGUGAGGUGUGCAUUUUUAGGGUCGACCUUUGCUAACCCCACCCCUCCUUGUGGGAAGACAGCAUCGCUGUCAUGCUGGUUGUCUGAAGGAAACACCUUACUGCUGUCACACUUCUGUACAGUCAACAGUACGACUUCGCCUUCGGACCUUGGGUUUGUUGCUUUUAGUCUUACCGCUCUUCAACCGACCUGUCUGACAUGGUAGGACCUUGAGGAACGGUUGUUCCAGCUAGUAUAGCUCGGUUGCUUCAUCACGAUAGGCAAGCCCAACCACCACGUCAAGGUAGCAACAACGGUCGGGGUACUCAAUUCAAUCAUAACGGGUCCUUUUAAUGUGGCUUUUCUGCGUCCAGUGAGGCUCAAGCUAAUGCAUGCUCUUAUUAGGGCACGGUCAGUUUCUCAACAUGUAUUCCAGAAAGAGCGGCGGUCUUUUACCGAUGACUGAUGGCAAUAUGGUCUAUUUAAGUCUACCAUCGGUUUGGUGCAGGGGUCUCUCAUUAUGCUUAAAAUUAGUGAUCGUAAGAAACUGAACCAGACUACCAAGAUACGCACCUGAGACGAGUACUAUGUCUGAGCGUUUAGCUUUUGAAGGAAUUCAGAAAGCUUUCUGUAAAAUUCAUCUUUCACUUCACCCGGGCUGCAAUCAUUUUGGGCGUUGGCAGAAAUGACGCAAAGGCAUUGACGUAUAUACCUAUCCUUCCGAGUUCUUACGGAGCCGUUCGUCCGAACAGCACAUAGGCGACUGUUAACAUUGAUCCAUUCUAGAAGUAUUUCUUCUGCCCUCAUACCUAGUACUAUACCUACACUCACCAGUCCACGAGGACUUUCCGUCGAGUCGCCAGAUAAACGGAGGGUGUAUCCCGUUGGCUCCCUGUUUUAACUAGGUGAAGUUAUGUGUGUGACCACACUAGGAUCCUGUAUGUGUGUUCCGGAGACACAACAUACAUCAAUCAUACGAGAUUCUACGAUCUUAGCUGAGGAGACCUGCUGGCCGAUUUGACAUAAAGUACGUACGUUGAAGACUUUAAUGUGUGGUUUUGAGCGAGGUUUCAGUAGACUUAGGACGGUACUUCGCGCAAUAGAAUCGUUGGCCAUGGUGACAUCUGAGGAGGAAGUUUAUAGUUGAUAGUCGAGAUAGGAGGAAUAGUAGGAAUUGAGGAGGGAAAUUGACUAUGAAUACGGUGAUCUUGAGUCCUGUUAGAGAUAUGAGGGUGGUUAUCACUUCCCGGUUGCUCACACCGUGGAAGGGCUCUUCUCAAGGUAUCUGAAAAGGAACUUGGAUUAGAGGUGGUCUCAGUGACCUGAGAGCGUGACCGCAGUGCCCAAGGGACAACUGUUUAAGGCCGGUCACACACGACCAUUUUGUGAGUAAUUUUUGUUCUAGCUCCGUACUCGUUGAGACGGAGACGGAUAUUCGUGAGAUAAGACGAGGUAUACAUCUUUAUGAUUGACCUUUUCUAACCCAACUCUUCCUUUGUGGGAAAGUAGCACCGCCAUCACGCUGGUUGUCUGAGGGAAACAACUUACUGCCGUUACACCUCUACGGUCAGCAGUACGACUUCGCCCUCGGACAUUAGAUUUGCUACUUUUAGUCUUGCUGUCCCUCAGCCGAUCUGCUUGGCAUGUUAGGAUCUUAAAGAACGAUUGUUCCAGCCAGUAUAAACUGGUUGGACCAUCGCGACAGUCUACCAAGAGACAGUAAAGAUUUUUUUAAAUGAUAUAUUAUACUGCUGGGACUUUUAAUUUGGAGUUUAGAUUCUCGCAUCAUAACUGAUAUCAGUUCAUGAUGAAUACUCUUACUCCCAUUAGUAAUUCUCAACCCUGUUUCGAUAGACUCCUCGUUACGCUGAGUUUGUUUACACUUAUACUAUUGGCUCAGUGGUAUAGCUCUUCUGUAUUUUAAUUUUUUGGAUAUCUUCGUUCAUAAUGAUGGCUAACUUGCCACAUCACUAAUAUUUCAGUGUUAUCUGUAUAACUUAUAGGUUAAUAUAGCGCCUAGUUAUAAUUAGACAAUUUCAGGAAGUAUUUCACUCAAUCUUUCCUCUAAAUGACCCAAUGGAGAUACAUAGUCAGUUUGUCCUGAGAAGCAGGUACACUAUAAUAUACAAACUCAUGUGUGACUCUAUUGGUAUUUUUUUUAUUCUCUACUAACCGUCGCACAACGUAACACAAUUCACUAAUUUACUUCCGAUUACUAUUUCAUUUAUUCACUUUAUUUUGAGAUGCCGUCGUCUGAAAAUAACUAUCCAGGAGCUGCUAGUCUAAUUCAGGAUAUUGGAAGUUCGUUGUGAUUGGUGGCCCAACGAUCUUUUGUAGAAAAAAUGGCGAUUAUUGUACGAGGAGGUCGUGUGUUUAUUGGAUUUCUUCGAAUAAUUGACCAGUUCGGCAACGUCGUCCUUCAUAAUGCUGUGGAACGUAUUCAUGUGGCGAAAAAAUUCUGUGACGUUCCCCAGGGAAUACUUUUAAUUAGAGGUGAAAAUAUUACAAUUAUCGGGGAACUGAAUCCGGAAAUAAACAUCGACGAGAAGCUAGAAAGAGUUUCAGAAGAAGAGAUUUAUAAGCUCCAGCAAGAACAGACAGCCUCGCGCAAAGAACUAGCCAAGAAGCGAGCUGAACUAUUCGCGAUACGUGGAUUAGGUUUUCCAGACUUCUUAGAUAUAAUUGACGACACAUAAUCGUUGCACAUUUUCUACCAUGCUCAUUAAGUUGUCGCAAGUUGCAUAGUUUGUGUCAAUAAUUGAUAAUAAAACAUUGCUUAAAUCAAUUAUACAUAUGCUUAUGAAUAAUAUCCAUAUUUAUGCAGAAAUUUGUUAUACGAAAAAUAUCUUUCAAAUAAUAAAUUAGUACAGUAGUUUUUGUGACUAAAUGACUCCAAGUAGUGAUAUUACAUCAGUUUAGGAUACUUGCAAUAAAUUAAAUGUCUUUGGAAUUGGCAAAAAUACUGCUUAC